AUGGUCAAGAAGCUUGGAAAGAAGGGCGAGAAGAAGGUCAUCAAGGCUAGUCGCCCGGCAAGAGCCGAUUGGAAAGAAGGCGUCAAGAAGAAACAAGUGGGCGUAUCAGACAUGACGCUUCUAUCCAAGAUUACCGACGAAGCUAUCAACGACAACUUGAUGAAGCGAUGGCAGAAUGGCGAAAUCUAUACGUAUAUCGGCCAUGUACUUAUUAGUGUCAAUCCUUUCCGAGAUUUGGGUAUCUACACUGACGCUGUGCUCUCGGGAUAUCGCGGCAAGAACUUGCUCGAAAUGCCUCCCCACGUUUUUGCGAUCGCCGAGUCUGCAUAUCAUCACAUGAGCAGUUACAAAGAGAACCAAUGUGUAAUCAUCAGUGGUGAAUCAGGUGCAGGAAAGACUGAAGCUGCCAAGCGAAUCAUGCAAUACAUUGCUGCUGUAUCGGGUGGUGGUCAAAACUCGUCCAUUCAAGAAAUCAAGGAAAUGGUGCUGGCAACCAAUCCUCUUCUCGAAAGCUUUGGAUGUGCCAAGACUCUGCGGAACAACAAUUCCAGUCGCCAUGGAAAAUAUCUUGAGAUCCAAUUCAAUGGACAAGGCGAACCAGUGGGUGCUGUCAUUACAAAUUAUCUAUUGGAAAAGGGACGUGUUGUUGGUCAAAUCGAAAAUGAGCGCAAUUUCCACGUUUUCUAUCAACUUACAAAGGCAGCACCUGAGGAGUAUCAAAGUGCAUAUGGUAUCCAAGGCCCUGAGAGCUAUCUUUACACGAGCCGUAGUGGAUGUUUGGAUGUGGAUGGCAUCAACGAUGUUGCAGAGUAUUCUGAAACCAUUAAAGCAAUGGAAGUUGUUGGAUUACAAAAGCAUGAGCAAGACGAGAUCUUCAAGAUGCUUGCUGUUGUUCUUUGGUUGGGUAACCUCUUGUUCGUCGAGGAUGAUAGUGGCAAUGCUGCAAUCUCGGAUCCAGAUGUGGCCAACUUUAUUGCCUAUCUCUUGGAGGUGGAUAGUGAAGCCCUUUCCAAGGCAUUGACAUCUCGUAUCAUGGAAACCACACGUGGUGGACGUCGAGGAAGUGUCUAUGAAGUGCCAUUGAAUAUUACACAGGCGACAGCAGUGCGUGAUGCUUUGGCAAAGGCAAUUUAUGAGCGUCUUUUCGAGUGGAUUGUUACACGUGUCAACUUGUCGCUUCAAUCACGUGGCGGAGAUCAAUACGUUAUCGGUGUCUUGGAUAUCUACGGUUUCGAGAUUUUCGAUGACAACAGCUUUGAGCAGCUUUGUAUCAACUAUGUCAAUGAAAAGCUGCAACAAAUCUUUAUCGAAUUGACACUCAAGGCUGAGCAAGAAGAAUACGUUCGUGAACAAAUCCAAUGGACGCCCAUCAAAUUCUUCAACAACAAAGUCGUGUGUGAUCUCAUCGAAGAGAAGCGACCCCCUGGACUUUUUGCAGCCCUUAAUGAUGCAUGUGCUACAGCUCACGCCGAUUCUGGUGCGGCUGACAACUCUUUUGUGCAACGUCUCGGCUUUUUAUCCAGCAAUCAACAUUUCGAGUCGCGUGGAUCCAAGUUUUUGGUCCGCCAUUAUGCAGGUGAUGUCUUGUACAACGUUGAAGGCAUGACCGACAAAAACAAGGACGCUCUUUUGAAAGAUUUGGUCGAACUUGCUGCUGCUUCAUCCAACGAAUUCAUUUCUCGAACGCUCUUCCCUGAACGUCCUGAUCCCAACUCGAGAAAGAGACCUCCCACUGCUGGUGAUAAGAUCAAGGCAUCAUGUAACGCUCUUGUCACAAAGCUCAUGCAAUGUCACCCAAGCUAUAUCCGUACCAUCAAACCCAACGACAAUCGCAGCUCUUCAGAAUAUGAUCAGAAACGCGUGCUUCAUCAGGUUAAAUAUUUGGGUCUUUGCGAGAACAUUCGUGUGCGACGUGCUGGUUACGCCUAUCGAACGACCUUUGAAAAGUUCAUUGAGCGCUUUUAUUUAUUGUGCCCAUCUACUGGAUAUGCUGGCGAGUACAUUUGGAAUGGUGACGCCGUCAGUGGCGCGCUCGAGAUUUUGAAGCAUAACAACAUCCCUGCUGAUGAAUGGCAAAUGGGUACUUCCAAGGUCUUUAUCCGUCAUCCUGAAACUAUCUUUGCCUUGGAAGGUUUGCGUGACAAAUACUGGCACAACAUGGCAACCCGUAUCCAACGUGCAUGGAGAGCCUAUGUCAGGUACAAGCAUGAAUGUGCACGCAAAGUGCAACGUUUCUGGAGACAAAACAAAUACAACAUUGGCUACUUGCAAGCACGAGAGUAUGGUCAUCAGCUGUUGGGUGGUAAUAAGGAACGUCGUCGAUUCUCCCUUUUGAGUAUGCGCAAGUUCACUGGUGACUACUUGGAUGUUCGUGCUGGUAGUGGAUUGGCAACCAUGAUUCGCAAUUCCAUGACUUUGCGAGGUGGCGAGGAGGUUGUAUUCAGUAUGCGUGGUAGCAUGUUGGUACCUAGAGCUAUGCGAUCAAGCGUUCCUAGUCCACGUACACUUGUCUUGACCAAUCAAAACUUGCACAUUCUGAUGACCACCAAGAACGGCAAAAUGAUCACCAUGGUUGAUGAAAAGGUUAUUUCUCUCAAUGUUAUCAACCGUGUCAGCACCUCGACAUUGCGUGAUGAUUGGAUUGUGUUGCAUGUUGAUUCUCCCGAAGGCGACACGAUCUUGUCAUGCUUCUUCAAGACUGAGCUUAUGACCCACAUGGCACAGCAAACGGGUGGACGUAUCAAGAUUGAUGUUCAACCUCAAAUCCAAUAUCGUAAGAAGGGCAACAAGCAAGUGACGAUGAAGUUUGUCAAGGAUGAAAAGGUGAAGCGAGAUGAUGUUUACAAGAGCCAUGUGGUGAAUGUUCCCUCUGGUGAACCAGCCAAUAGCCAAUCCUUCCCACCUUGUGCAACAAAACCUCGAUUGACAUCAACCAGCACACGAAAGACUGCUGCUAGAAAACCUGCCGCUGCUCGUUCAGCACCACGUCCUACACCUGCUGCUGCCAAUCGACCUGUGUCUAAUAUCCAAUCUAGUGCUCGUGCACCACCUCCACCACCAGCACCGCCAGCACCACCAGCACCUGCUGCAACACCUUCAGUGCCACAAUUCAAAGCCAUUUACCCCUUCCAAUCACAAGAAGUUGGUGAAAUUGCAUUUGAGAAGGAUGAUAUCCUUGAAAUUCUUGAAAAGGAUGAGAAUGGAUGGUGGCUCGCACGUAAGGAUGGCAAGGAAGGAUGGGUUCCUAGUAAUUAUUUGGAAGAGUAUGUGGCUCCUAAGGCUACACCACCACCUCCACCACCACCAGCUCGUCGUCCAGCACCACCAGCACCACCCGUUGCAUCCUCAGCAGAAACAAAACCACUUCCUCAACGCACAAGCAUUUCACCACCUGCAACAACACCUGUUUCAGUGAUGCCUGGUAUGGCAGCUCCUCCUAACAGCAAUGGUGUACCACCAUGGAAAGCACAACUUGAAGCACGUAAAGCAGCAGCAGCAGCUGGCGGCGGUGGUAACAAUGUACCUACACCUGCACCACGACCUACUUCAUCCUCUGGUGGAGCUCCUGUUCCUGCAGCUCGUCGAGCACCACCUGUACCAGGACCCAAACCUGUUAUACCAGCUAAACCAAGCUCAAUGAGUAAACCUGUGGUUCCUGCAAGACCUGGUUCUGGUGCACCAACUCCUGCACCAAGAGCACCACCACGUCCAACAUCCACCUCACCACCACCUUCCAAUGCUGCCGCUUCUUUGGCUGAUGCUAUCCGUGCAAGAAGACAACAACCUCAACCAGAGAGUGAUGAUGAAUGGUAG